AAUAGUUUAUCAGCGACAAAUACAAAUUUCACCGUGGUUGGUAUUAUUGGUCCUCAGGGUACGGGUAAAUCAACGCUGUUGAGUAUGCUAGCCGGGAACGACCACUUGGAUAUGUACAGACAUUAUGCAUUCCGCCCUGCUUCUCGUGAAUCUAUCGAGACAUGCCGCCAUCAAACACAAAAAAUUAGCGUUUACGUGACAAAAUCACGAAUGAUUCUGCUAGAUUGCCAGGUGAAUUCAUUAUUUUUAGUAUCAUAAUC